CAGAUUGACAGACGGACGGGACCAUGGACACCGGUGGCGCGGGACUCGGCUUCCUCCUGGCCGGCCUGGCCUUCCUGCUCACAGCUCUGAGUGUGCUUUUUAUGUGAUUCAUUAACAAACCUCAGUUGUUUGGCUACCUGAAGAAAAGAUAAGUGGGGGCUGGAGGCUCUGACGCAGAGCAUCGCCUGUUCGACAGGCUGUUUGAGGACUAUAAUGAGAUCAUCCGGCCAGUGGCCAAUGUGUCUGACCCAGUCAUCAUCCAUUUUGAGGUGUCUAUGUCCCAACUGGUAAAAGUGGAUGAAGUCAACCAGAUUAUGGAGACCAACCUCUGGCUGAAACAUAUCUGGAAUGACUACAAGCUGAAGUGGAAUCCAGCAGACUACGAUGGGGCUGAGUUCAUGCGUGUGCCCUCUCAGAAAAUAUGGAAGCCUGACAUCGUACUAUACAAUAAUGCAGUUGGGGAUUUCCAAGUUGACGAUAAGACCAAGGCCUUGUUGAAAUACACCGGAGAAGUCACCUGGAUCCCUCCCGCCAUCUUUAAGAGUUCCUGCAAAAUAGACGUGACUUACUUCCCAUUUGACUACCAAAACUGCACCAUGAAGUUUGGUUCCUGGUCCUACGAUAAAGCUAAAAUCGACUUGGUUCUGAUUGGCUCCUCUAUGAACCUCAAGGACUACUGGGAAAGUGGCGAAUGGGCCAUCAUCAAUGCCCCUGGGUACAAACACGACAUCAAGUACAACUGCUGUGAAGAGAUUUAUCCCGACAUCACUUACUCUCUCUACAUUCGGCGUCUGCCUUUGUUUUACACCAUCAACAUGAUCAUUCCAUGCCUCCUGAUCUCUUUUCUGACAGUGCUGGUGUUCUAUCUGCCUUCCGACUGUGGGGAGAAAGUGACCCUCUGCAUCUCGGUCCUCUUGUCCUUGACUGUCUUCCUCUUGGUGAUCACCGAAACCAUCCCGUCCACUUCUCUGGUCAUUCCCUUGAUCGGAGAGUACCUCCUGUUCACCAUGAUUUUUGUCACCCUGUCUAUCGUCAUCACCGUCUUUGUUCUCAAUGUACACUACCGCACGCCCAAGACUCAUACGAUGCCCCAGUGGGUGAAGACCAUAUUCCUUAACUGGCUGCCCAAAAUCAUGUUCAUGGCCAGGCCUGCCAGCAGCGAGGAGGCUUCCCAGAAGUCCAGGCCGUUCUCCAGUGCUGAGCUCUCCAACCUCAACUGCUUCCGGGGUACGGAGACAAAAUGCUGCAAGGGGGGCUCGACUUGCCAAGAUGGGACGUGUGGUGUCUGCCGCCACCAGAGGGUCAAGCUCUCCAACCUGAGCUCCAACCUCCCAAGGAGCUCCAGCUCAGAAUCUGUGGAUGCUGUGCUUUCCUUCUCGGUUAUGUCCCCAGAAAUGAAAGAUGCGAUUGAGAGCGUCAAAUACAUUGCUGAAAACAUGAAGGCGCAGAAUGAGGCCAAGGAGAUUCAGGAUGAUUGGAAAUAUGUCGCCAUGGUUAUCGACCGCAUUUUCCUGUGGGUUUUCAUUCUGGUCUGCAUUUUAGGAACAGCAGGACUGUUCUUGCAACCUCUGAUGACUGGGGAUGAGGUGUAGCAGCAGGGCAACACAGAUCAGGAAGGUCGCUCUGACGCUCCCUGCCAAAGCUUAACCUGCCACUGUUCAUUGCCCUCUAUCUUUCUUUAAAGGAAUAGGUGUCGCCCUGGGUGCCAAUGUAAUCCACACCCCUCCUUUGUGUUUGACUAGUAAACUUUCCUUUUUAACUUACCCACUUAAUACCUUCACACCACUUUCACCCAGGAAUGCACCAAGCAAGAAGACAGUGUAUUGACAUGUUUAUCCCUUAUGACAGUGUGGAUAGCCAAAUUUUAUAAAUGAUGAAACAUGGGGGAAAUAACAAAUAAAAACUGGAAAGCCUAAUUCUUCUACGUGGGAGCUAUGUAUACUCAGCGUAAUUCAAUUAAGUAUUAAGUGAAAAACACUGGGGGUACAAGGAUGAAAAAGCAGUUUCCAUCUUCAAAGAGCUUACCUUUUAGUAGGGGGCCAAGUUAUGUGCAUAAAUAAACAAAGGAUCAGAGAUAGAGACCCAAAAGGGGUUUAGGCAAUAACAAAUCACAGAUUUAAAGCUGGAAAGGAUCUAUGCGUCCAACCCUCACUGAACAAUAAACAAACAAAAAUCCCCAGAGUAAAUGCUCUUUAUAGUCUUACAAAUUUCCUGGGGCACAGAGCUUGAGUGACUUGUCCAGGGUCAGUCAGGUAGUGUUUGAGGUUCCCUGGCAUCCAGGGAGGUUACCUGGAAAGAGGCUUAAAGGAUGAGAGUACAGAUCUUGCCACUUACUACAUCAAUUUCCUUCUCUGUAAAAUGAAGGAUUUGGACAAGACAUCUCUGUGGUCUUUUCAGCUCUGAGUCUACAAUUCUCUCAUUUAAAACAAGGAACAAAGGGGAAUAUUUGGUGGGAUAAGAACUGAAUACAGCCCCCCGCCUUUGCUGGUAUUAAUCAAUCAACCAAUCUUCCACCUCGACAGGAAUUUUUUAAGCUUCUCUCAGGUUCUAGCCCCUACAUCUGUUUGGUGCUGGCGAUUAGACCACGAUGGGCCUAUCCCUACCUUCAGGAAGCUUACAUUUUCCAUGAGGGCCUUCAUAAGGGAGAACUGUUGUAUAUGGAAAUUCACAUCCAUGAAACAGAUUACACCAGGAGCAAUUAUUCACUUUCCCAAAAGGUCCUAUUUGAUUCAACAAGCAUUCUGUUAGCAUCUCAUGUGUGCAUUUCAAAAACGCUUUAUCUUAGGAUUCCUUCUUUUCUGUAAAUGAAUUGCAAGCUUAUUUAGAAAAAGAUUUGCUCCACAAACACUCCAUUCACCCAAGAAAUGUCAGGAAUUUCCCUUUUGUCCAAAGUGGAGUUCAGCUCUGCUUUUUUUACACAACUCCUUUCCUGCCAAAAACAAUUCAAAUGUUUCUUAACUGUUUGGGGGCUGAACUCUCCUUGGA